CUAUAUACAACAAUUUAGCAAAGCACAGAUGACGAGAAAUUAGCCUUUUAAUCUGCCAGUUAGCCACGCCUACCAUUAUAGGGCUUUAGCGUCCCCAACAGGUGGAUGACGUCAGCGGUAGACUGGGCUCAUCGGUUUUACUAUUCAGCCCAUUGAGGGGGAAUUAUUCAGAACGAGGAAAACGCGACGAAGAAAGCCGCCAAAUGUCAUUGUUUCAGUCUCUCUACUCCAAUAUUUUUACAGGAUAUUCUUUUUAUCCAAGUAUUUUUCCCCAAUAGCAAUAUAAAUGGCUUGAGAAGGACCAGUCAGCCCGUCGAGGGAGAACUAUUCAGAACGAGGAAAACGCGACGAAGAGAGCAGCAAAAUGUCAUUGUUUCUGUCUCUUUACUUCAAUAUUUUUACAGGAUAUUCUUUUUAUCCAAGUAUUUUUCCCCAAUAGCUAUAUAAAUGGCUUGAGAAGGACCAGUCAGCCCGUCGAGGGGGAACUAUUCACAAUGAGGAAAACGCGACGAAGAGAGCGGCAAAAUGUCAUUGUUUCUGUCUCUUUACUUCAAUAUUUUUACAGGAUAUUCUUUUUAUCCAAGUAUUUUCCCCAAUUGCUAAAUAAAUGGCAUGGUCAUGACAAAUAACAGUCUUGUGCUGAAUGGAAUAUGAAAUAAUAAAAAUGCAUUUAUUCAGGACAACAUGGCAAAAUUACUCCAUAACGGUCAAAACUGUCGACUUCACCUUUACUGUCGCACCUCCCGAACUAUAUUUUAUGACACCUAAAUCGGACAUAUGUCAUUUCCCUUCCCCGGCUUCGGAGAAUGUAAACAAACCAGAAGGCGUGACAGCUAGCAGACAUGCUAACCCGAACCGAGUGAUGUUUCAAAGUCUUCAAAGCGGAAAAUCACACAUAACUAUCCUGGAUUAUUUGACAUGACGACCCGGUUGUCUAUUGUCGUUGCGGAUCGGCAAACCGCCCGGCGGAGAGCAAUUUACAGUUCGUUCCCCGGAGGAGGGUGGCUGGAGUUGUUGUGCAGCUAACGGGCUGCUGCUAAUGACCAUUAGGACAGCUUUUUACAUGCCUAUCAAUGAUCAAACAGACUGGCAAACGGAGAUCGGAGCAGGACCGUUGAGAUUCUACACAUUCUACGGCGGUAUUAUCAAGUCAGUUCACGGAUGUGCCCACCAUGCUCAUAUUUUGUAUCAUUUCUAUGUUUUGGGAAGUAAUCAGCGAGGAACAUGGAAUCGGAAAGACUGGUAUCUAUGAGGGUGACAGUCCAGUCCAACUGGACAGAGUCAAUGUCUACUUCAAUGAGGCGCACGGUGGUAAAUAUGUGCCUCGCUCCCUGCUGGUUGACCUGGAGCCUGGGACCAUGGACAGCAUCAAGGGGAGUCAAAUUGGUGCGCUCUUUAGGCCAGACAACUUCAUCCAUGGCAACUCAGGUGCUGGCAAUAACUGGGCGAAGGGCCACUACACAGAAGGGGCGGAGCUGAUAGAACAAGUGAUGGACCGGGUUAGGAACGAGAGCGAGAGCUGUGACUGCCUGCAAGGGUUCCAACUGAUUCACUCCCUGGGGGGCGGCACGGGCUCCGGCAUGGGGACCCUGAUGAUCAACAAAAUCCGAGAGGAGUACCCCGACCGGAUCAUGACCAGUUUCAGCAUCAUGCCCUCUCCGAAGGUCUCUGACACGGUAGUGGAGCCAUACAACGCCACGCUAUCGGUGCACCAGCUCCUGGAGAGCACAGACGAGACCUUUUGCAUUGACAACGAAGCUCUGUACGACAUUUGCUUCCGCACGCUCAAACUCACCACACCCACUUACGGGGACCUCAACCACUUGGUGUCCUUGACUAUGAGUGGGGUCACCACCUCCCUGAGAUUCCCCGGUCAGCUCAAUGCUGACCUGAGGAAGCUGGCGGUCAACAUGGUGCCGUUUCCCCGCCUCCACUUCUUCAUGCCAGGUUUUGCCCCGUUGACGGCGCGUGGUAGUCAACAGUACCGCGCCUUGACCGUACCUGAGCUCACCCAGCAGAUGUUUGACGCCCGCAACAUGAUGACGGCCUGCGACCCCAGAAGGGGCCGCUACCUCACCGUCGCAGGUAUCUUCCGUGGAAGGAUGUCCACCAAGCAGGUAGAUGAGCAAAUGUUGGCCAUCCAGCAGAAGAACAGCAACCAUUUUGUGGACUGGAUCCCACACAACGUCAAGGUCGCUGUUUGUGAUAUCCCACCUCGAGGUCUCAAACUGGCCUCCACAUUCAUAGGCAACAACACGGCUAUUCAGGAGAUAUUCCGCCGAGUUGGCGAUCAAUUCGCGCUGAUGUUCAGACGCAAAGCCUUUCUCCACUGGUACACGGGCGAGGGCAUGGACGAGUUGGAGUUCACAGAGGCUGAGGGCAACCUAAACGACCUUGUGUCCGAGUACCAGCAAUACCAAGACGCCACUGCCGACAUAGAGUCCGAAUUGGAGGAUGAAGAUGAGCAGGAGCCACCCACGAUGUCUAUGGCCACAAGAAUCCAGUCUAGAACUGAAGUUAAAAUGGAAACAGUGAGAGAAACGAGUAGAGAAACUGUGGAUGAGGACACAACUUGAAAUGAUAACACUCUAUAAGGAAAUGGUGCUACUGAAUAUUUAUACAAUUGUACUUUCGCUGUAUUGUUUCAUAUGUGGAGUUGAUUCUCACCUCAGGGUACUUUGGCUUCCUCCCACAUAACAGAACAUGCAUGUAAUUGAAGACCCUAAAUUGUCCAUAGGUGUGAAUGUUGGUGUCCUCUGACUGGCUGUCAACCUGUCCAGGGUGUACUUGACGUUCCCCCUAAAUCAGCUGGGAUAUACCUCAACUGAUGAACACAAGCGCUAUAGAAAAUGGACUGAUUGCUUUUCGGCAAUUGGCUUCACCCUCCUUUGGCCCUGCACAGUUGUAUAGACUACGGGUAGCUGGUAGGAUACUUGACUUUGAAUACAUCUGUAUUUCAUGUGAUUUUUUUUUUUUUUUUUAAGCUAAUUCAUUUUCUCUUGAGAAUGUUUAUACAUAAAAGUUGGAAUGUUAUGAGAAUUAAGUCAUAACAUUUUGAGAAUAAAGUUGGAAUAUUAAAUUACUGAAUUCAAAAUGUUAACCGAUUAAAUGUCGGAAUGUUACGAGAAUGAAGUUAGGUUACGAAACAACUGUAAAUUAAUAAACUAGGAUAAUGUUACGAGAAAGUCAGUCAGAAAUGUUUUUAGAUUAAAAUGCUGUUAAGUGAAUGAAUUCCAAAUGUUACCUGAUAAAAGGGCAGAUCAUAGACUAUGGUGCGGAUUAGGUCAUUAUGUUUUGAGAAUAGCAGUUUACAGUAGUGACCAUAAAGUUGCAAAGUUAGAAAUACAACAUAAGGGUACGGGAAAAAAAUCGUGACAUUAUGAAAAGAAAAAAAUCAUAAUAUUACAAAAACAAAGUCAAUAAUUUCAGAUUCCGAAAGUCAUUAAGUCCCAAGGUUGCGUGAAGAAAAUCAAUACGUUUAAAUAAAACUGCCACAAUAUAUUCAUCAGGUGAUAUAAUACUACAAAAUACUUCAGAUUACCAUUCAAAACAAGCAAUAGAUACGUGACUUAAAUUAUAAUGCUAUCGCCCCCUAUUUUUAUGAUUUUUUUGUAAUAGCAACUACGUAAAUGUGCAACAACGGUCCUCAUUUUGGCGCCCUUUUGUUCUCAUAGUAUUACAAAUUUUCUUGUCUUAUAUACUUUUUUUUUUUUUACUUUCACAAUAAUAUUGUCAUGUUUCAACUUUAUCUUGUAAUAUUCCUUUGUCUCUUUUCAGUGCUGCCCUAACAUACCCAUAUAUAUCCAACUAUUUAAAACUUGUGAGUGAUGGACCGCUUUGACGCUGAUAGUGUGCUUGGCUGUCACACUGUUUCCUCCCACUAUGAGUGGUCUGGGACUUUGAGAUUACACAUUUUACCGCCUUGAAUGUCUGUGCCAUAUGAUAAGUGCAGAAAUAAAGUUAUCUAAAACCUAUGCAUUAUGAUGUGGUU